AUGUUACUCCAAUCAUCACGUCUAUUCACGCUCCUCUGUGCGUGGGUUAGCUUCCUCGCAGUCAUCCAAGCUUUGCCCUUGGAUUUGGUUACUCGAAAUGCAAGUACGAUCAUAGAAUCCCAGAAGCGGAGUAUGCAAUUCACCAGUUAUCUCCCCGCCACCCCCGAUACUCCAUUCGAACACUGGGUCCUCAACAUCGAUAAAUCCAACAACUUCCAUACCAAAAAAGUUUCCCGAAAUCCCAAACAUCCACUGAAGCCUUCCUUGUACAGUAAGGACUACUCCAGUGUCAAUGAUCCGGACUGGCAAUACAUUGACCUCGAUUGCGAAGCGACUUUCAACAGUGACUCCAAGAUGGAGGAUGUGUUCAAGGAUCUGGUAAAUAUCCCGUGGACGAGCGCGCCAAUUGACUCAGGAGGGAACUGUCUGGACUAUGUGAAAGCUGCUUUGGAGCUAUUGGCGGAGGGGAAUUUCAUUUCCGCCGUUCCGAGUAAAUUCACGGACAGAUACAACAAGUACUAUGUCGAUGUAACGAAGACAGUGUGGAAGGUGGAAGUGACUUUGCCUCAGUCCUAG